AUGACCACGUCCAAGAGUCAGAUAAAAUUCGGUUUCGAUUUCACGUCAGUGCCGGACCUGGUGGCGUGCAUCCAAAAGCUCACGGACUGGGGCUACUCGUACGCGUGUAUACCCCUGGUGCACGCAAAACUGACGCCCGACGCUUCGAAUCUUGAUCGGUCGGCAUUAGUGAGCAGAGCUGACGUGAUCCUACAGGCCGAGACUUGGAACCGCGUGGUGGUGAAAUUGUCUCCGCACCUUGACUUGGAUUCGGAGGACGCUGUCGCCAGGGACCGGGACGCCGAGCUCUUCCGCCAGGAGGUUUCUUACGCGUCAUACCUGAAUGUGUCGGCGAUCAUGUUCCGGCUACCACUUGACGGCUGCAUGCCCAACUUGGCUCGUCUGGUCAACGUCGCUCUCCACGACAACGUGUUUGUAAACUUUUAUGUACAAGUGCCUAUGUGUAGUGGUAGUGGGGCCAAUGAAAAUGGCAUCAGCAGCGACAACAAUGGUUGUGGCGCAACAGACACUUGGAAACUCUGGUCGGCAUUCAGUGCCGCGUGUGACUAUCACAGAUCUGUAUGCCUGGCAUUGGAACUCAGUGUCGACUUGCCCGACGAACAAGAGCUCGAUCGAUGGCUGGGUGAACCUAUUAAGGCAGUUAUUGCUCCCACUUCUAUAUUUCUGACCAACAAAAUGGGUUUCCCAGUUCUCUCUCGUCCUCACCAAACAUUCGUCAACAAGCUAUUCGAUCUUGACGCCUGCAUCUUUAUAAGUGGAGAGUCCAAUCAAAAUAUGAAACCAUAUUUUGAAUAUUUGUCUUAUAUUCAUGACAACAAUAAAUCCGACAAGCUUUACAGUUACUCUUAUGCUUACGAAGAUUUGUUACAAGUUCCCUUACAGCCACUAAUCAACAACUUGGACAACAAUGUUUAUGCUGUGUUUGAACAAGAUCCAAUUAAGUAUCAACAGUAUGAAAAGGCUAUAACCAGAGCAUUAACUGACAAAGUUAAAAGCAGUAGCACUGAAGUGUUAACAGUAUGUGUAGUGGGUGCUGGCAGAGGGCCUUUGGUAAAUGCUAGUUUAAAAGCAUCAGACAAUUCUAAAGUUGCUAUAAAAGUGUAUGCGAUCGAAAAAAAUGAGAAUGCAUUACAUGUGUUGAACUAUAACAAUGACAACUAUUGGCACAAUUUGGUUACAGUAGUCUGUGCAGAUAUGAGAACAUGGAAGUUUGAAGAAAAAUGUGACAUACUAGUGUCUGAAUUGUUAGGUUCAUUCGGCGACAAUGAACUUUCACCUGAAUGUUUAGAUGGGGCACAAAAGUUUUUGAAAGAAGACGGUGUCUGUAUUCCCUCGUCUUAUACGUCUUAUUUAAGCCCAUUACAAUCUCAAACUCUGUUUAGUAAUAUGAAGAUGUUCAAAUCCAAUACACCCAUGGAUAAUUUACACGAGAAUGCUGAACAAAUAUACGUGGUUAACAUGCGCAACAUGUAUAUCAUAUCCCCUGCACAGCCAUUGUUUACUUUUGAUCACCCGAGAUGUGACUUGGAAAGAAAUAAUAACAGAUACACAACACUGACGUUUGACAUAAAACAGGAUUGCAUUUUACACGGAUUUGCUGGAUAUUUCAAUGCAGUCUUAUACAAGGAUGUAAAUAUAAGUAUUGAACCUUCAACAUUUAGUACGGGCAUGUUUAGUUGGUAUCCCGCUUACAUCCCGAUUAAAAGCAGUAUAACAUUGAAGAAAGAUGAGCAGUUGAAAGUACAUUUCUGGCGUCUUAGUGAUACUUCAAAAGUCUGGUAUGAAUGGAGUAUAUCUAAACCUAAUUCAAUGCCUGUGCACAAUCCAAAUGCGCGUUCCUAUUCUAUGCAAUUACACUGA